UAAAUUGAGCGGCGUGCGUGUUUCUGUGAUUUAUCAACAUGCCGAGAGUUGUGUGCAGCAAAACCAGCGUGACGCCAAGACGUCCUUUUGAGAAGGAACGUCUUGACCAAGAACUGAAGCUGAUUGGCGAGUAUGGUCUGCGAAAUAAACGUGAGGUUUGGAGAGUGAAGUAUACCCUGGCCAAGAUCAGAAAGGCUGCUCGUGAUCUCCUCACACGUGAAGAGAAAGAUCCUAAGAGGUUGUUUGAAGGUAAUGCAUUGCUGCGUCGUCUGGUCCGCGUUGGAGUACUUGAUGAGGGCAAAAUGAAACUUGAUUACGUCCUGGGUCUGCGAGUGGAAGACUUUCUUGAACGUCGUCUGCAAACGCAAGUGUUCAAGUCUGGCCUGGCUAAGAGCAUUCAUCACGCACGUGUACUCAUCCGACAACGUCACAUCCGCGUCCGUAAGCAGGUCGUCAACAUCCCUUCCUUCAUUGUUCGUCUGGAUUCCCAGAAGCACAUUGACUUCUCUACACGUUCUCCUCUCGGUGGUGGACGUCCUGGCCGUGUGAAGCGAAGGAACAUGCGUAGAGCUCAAAGUGGUGGUGGUGGAGAAGAGGAGGAAGAUGAAGAUUAGAUGCAAUGCUGAGGAAGAGGAAGAACUCUCUGAGAAAUAACAUGCAGUGCAGACCAUCUUGGAUAUCUAAACAUCUUGAUAGGAAUUACAACUUUUAACAUUCAACUUGGAUAAGCAACCAUCUUGUAUCAUCAUUAUUACUGAACUUUUGGGCACCAUAAUGGUUUAUUGACUUUGACCCAUCUGGAGAUAAUUGCCCAUGUUGGAACUGAACCAUCUUGUAUCAUUGUACUGGUACAUGUACAACAACCAUCUUAGGACUGAGACAAUGACCCAUCUUGAGAUUGUUAUCCAUCUUGAAUCUGGUUCAUGAACAUCAAACCUACAUCUUCACAUAAAGAUGGCUGCAUUGUCAGAAGUCCAGACUCGAUACAAUUUCAUGAAGCAUGAAUACAAAAAAUACUGCUUAAAAAUGUAUUUGCGCAGGGAAAUAUAAAAAUAGUGGGUACCAGUCACAAUUUUUUUGAAUAUUUGGCUUGUCGCCUAAUUUUGAUUCAAACUCUUGUUUGAGCGUUUGUUUUUUGCUUACAGGCUUCAUUGAAUUAUUAUUGCUUUGUCAUAAAUCCAGCAAUGUACCUGUUAAGAUAUUUUGGUAACCUCAGUCUUUUUCUUCCUUAACGUUGUGGCAAAUAAAAUCAACCUGAAUUCUACUUUCAGGAAGAUGAAAGGACAAAAUAUGUUGUGUCCAAGUAUA